AAGAAGUUGAAUCUGAAAGAGCAGUACGAGAAGCUUUUCAUAACUCCUUAAAAGUGCUUCUAGAUCCUAUCUUAACAUUAAAUAAUAAUGGUGUUGAUUUAACAAUACAUGAUGAAACAUUUUGGUUCUUUCCUCGAAUUUCAGUUGUAAUUUCAGAUUGGCCUGAAGCUUCAAUGUUUUGUCUCAC